UAGGUUAUGUUAUACGUUUUGUUGACAAAAAGAAACAAUCAUCAAUAAUCCAUAUUUGUGUUAAUAACAAAAAACACUAAAAAUGCCCAAACCAACUUGCAUCUAUACCCUCCUGCUACUCUCCUACAUACUCUCACUCGCCGAGUGUCACAAUAAAUACUCAAAAGAAGCGAACCCAAAGAUGGAAGACACCCCAGAAGAUUUCCGGCCAAUUUCCCUCAAACACUUGGAUAGGCCCUAUCGAAUGGCCAAACUGAACUUGCUAUGGUCCAAAGCGGUGCAUCGUCUACCGGAUUCUAAACUAAAAUCUCUCUUUGGUGAGCUAAAAUUGCACGACAAAGAGGAGAUUACGUGGAAACACCUUAGGGCCGAAGGGAAGGACAAGGACGGAUUGAAAGAGGCCAAGCUCCGAGAAAAAUUGAAGACUAUAAUGACAAAUUAUGGUCUUCUCGAUCAGAUUGAUGACGUUCAUGACCCAAAAAAAGUCUAUCCUUAUAAACCACUAAACGAGGCCUCAGACAAGCAUAUCAACAAAAGUCUGUUCAAAGACAAGAAAUUAAAUAAAUUAUGGGAAAAAGCGAUUACGGCAGGGUUUAGUACGGACGAAUUGGCAGCCCUCCGGGAGGAGUUUCAUCAUCAUCAAGAUAAAAUUGACCAGUACUACUCGCUACUUUAUAAAGUAAAAGGAGACCCUGAGGAGCAUGAUCAGAAGGAAAAAGAACAAGAGACAAAUUCUUUGGAUGAAACUUUAGAUAAAUAUAAUCAGAUUGAAUUGCUCGAGGAGAAUGAGGAUCCUAAUAAAGAGUAUCUGGAUAAGGUGAACAUGAUCAGGGAGCACCAUAAGCAAAUUAAAGAUGGGUUUGACCAUCUGGAUAAAUUGGCUUCAACUGGGCCAGCCAGUAAGGAGUUUGUCGAACCAAAAGUUCAAGGGUUGUGGAGGAUCGCCCUAGAAAGUAAUUUCACCAAUUCUGAGCUGCAAUCGUUAAAAACCGAAUUGUUUCACUACGAAAACCGACUACUCAAGUUGAGGCAUAUGCAAGUGGAGCAGGUACUUAACGAGGAAAAACACAAUAAAAAGACGAAGUUUUCCGGUGAAAAACCGCACGGGCAUCAAAUGAUGGAGGACAACAUUAAAAAACAGGCCAGGAAGGUCGACAAGAUUCAUCUUGAUAUCGAAACGAAAAUCAUGCAGAGGCAUAUCGAGUUGUAAUCAGUAAGGAAUGAAUCUCUUUUAGUGUGUGAUUUUAUUGAUCUUUUAAGGUGUGUGCCAAAGCAUUUUAGUUAACACAUUUUGGUUGUAGUUGCAGGGUUUCUUCCAAGCAUAAUGCGUUUUUAGUAUUAAUUUUUAAAUAGUCCAAAAUUCUACUAAUUGGUCCUUGACAGUAAGGGACUUAUUACACUACUAUUACAACCAAAAUAGGGCACUGUUCAUAUAAGGUGCAUGUUUUUAUGUAAUUUUUAAUAUAUUUAUCUCGAGUUGAAUGUUAGCAUAAAUCGUAAUAAACGUUCCAUGUUAAAAGCAGUAAA